GAGCAAGAACAAACAGAACAGCGCAUGCGCCGGAUACACGCAGCUAGCUAAUGUUGAUGAUGGUUAUAUGUAGAUUUAGUGUGAAUUUUAAGCCCUUUUUUGAGAUUAUGUUAACAUAAUACGACCAUGGCAGCCCGUCAGUUUCGGAGGUUACAGGGCUUGUUCUGUGUGUACAAACCCCCGGGUGUUCAUUGGAAAUUGGUCCGGGACACGGUAGAAACCAAUCUUCUCAAAGAUUUAAACGCUUCAGCAUCUCGUCGUGUACCGCGAGAGGUGCGCUAUUUGUUGGCCCAAGACAGCACAGAACAUGAAGAUGCACCUAAGGCACUCACCCUGUCAGCUGCCAGUGUGCCAGCUCUGUCUGAGCAUCCUCUAGUUACUGGACCUGAUUUUCAACGCAUUCGAGUUGGAGUGGGGCAUCGAUUGGAUGCUUUUUCUUCUGGUGUUUUAGUUCUUGGUGUUGGAAAUGCAAACAAAGCUUUGAAUGACCUUUACAAUUCUCGUGUCACAAGGGACUAUACAGUCGAGGGAGUAUUUGGAAGUGCAACUGAUGACUUUUCAAACCAAGGCCGAGUUAUAGAAAGAUCCACUUAUAAUCACAUCACAAAGGAUAAACUUGAAAAAGUCUUGGCAAUGCUGCAGGGAGCCAAUCAAAAGACACUGUUAAUGUAUUCAAGGGUGGAUAUGCGCACACAAGAAGCAUAUGAAAUGGCAGUUCAAGGUCUACUGGGACCAGAGGAAAAGUCAGUACCUAUUCUUUUAGGCCUGCGCUGCAUUCGCUUUGAGCCUCCCAACUUUACAUUAGAGGUUCAGGUUCUAAAUGAAACACAGAAAUAUCUUCGUAAAGUGGUACAUGAGAUCGGACUGGAGUUACGCAGCACAUCAGUUUGUAAAGGCAUUCGACGAACCAGAGACGGCUGUUUCACUGUCCACCACGCUCUCACUCAUAACCAGUGGACUGCAGCAGAGGUUAUGAAUGCCAUCCAACAGUACCAUGCCACAAAGAGGAGGAAAAGUGUUACCAGAGAACAAAACAAAAACUCUGAGUUGCAUGUAGAUGAAGGCGACACAAGUAUCAAUCAGAAUACAACAGAUAGAAUAGAUGCUGUCAAUUAA